GCUCGGACUCCAGAGUCAGGUUGACAGCGAGACGCCGGAGACUGCUGUUGGCGCUUCUCCCGAGCAAUUUAGCACUGCGCUUCGGUUUUAAAGCAACAGGCGAUUACCCACCAAGCAGAUCCUGCGACUUUUGGCCCGCGUGGAGAAAAUGAAGGUGCCCUGCGUCGUCCUCUUGGCUCUCUUGGCUGUCAGUCAAGCAGCUAAUCCUUGCUGUUCAAAUCCAUGCCAGAACAGAGGAGUGUGCAUGACAACAGGAUUUGACCAAUAUGAAUGUGACUGUACGCGGACGGGAUACUACGGGGAAAACUGUACUCAACCGGAAUUUUGGACUUGGCUGAGAGUGAUGCUGAAACCCACUCCAACAACUGUUCAUUACAUCCUCACACACUUCAAAGGGGUCUGGGAUAUAAUCAACAGCAUCUCAUUUCUUCAGGACACCAUCAUGAGAUACGUGCUGAUGUCAAGGUCCCAUUUAAUUGACAGCCCACCAACCUAUAAUAGCCAUUAUGUCUACAAAAGCUGGGAAGCAUAUUCGAAUCUUUCCUACUACACAAGAGCUCUCCCUCCAGUACCCCAUGACUGUCCGACACCUAUGGGUGUGAAAGGCAAGAAGGAACUUCCAGAUUCACAAAUCAUCGUUGACAAAUUUCUGUUGAGGAGAAAAUUUAUUCCUGACCCUCAAGGCACAAAUACUAUGUUCACAUUCUUUGCUCAGCAUUUCACGCAUCAGUAUUUCAAGACAGAUCACAAGAAAGGACCGGCCUUCACAAAAGCCCUUGGCCAUGGGGUUGACCUGAGUCACAUCUAUGGAGAGACUUUGGACAGACAGCUAAAACUGAGAUUGCUCAAGGAUGGAAAGCUGAAAUAUCAGAUGAUCGAUGGAGAGAUGUACCCACCUACUGUGAAAGAAACCCAGGCAGAAAUGAUAUAUCCACCACACAUUCCUGAGCACCUGCAAUUUUCUGUAGGUCAGGAGGUCUUCGGUUUGGUUCCAGGAUUGAUGAUGUAUGCCACAUUAUGGCUCCGGGAACACAACCGGGUCUGUGACAUACUUAAAAAAGAGCAUCCUGAAUGGGAGGAUGAACAGCUCUUCCAAACUGCGAGGCUUAUCUUGACAGGAGAGACCAUCAAGAUAGUGAUUGAAGACUAUGUGCAGCAUUUAAGCGGCUACCACUUCAAGCUGAAGUUUGACCCAGAACUGCUCUUCAACCAACGAUUCCAGUAUCAAAACAGAAUAGCUGCUGAGUUCAACACUCUUUACCACUGGCACCCCCUUCUGCCUGACACUUUUCAAAUCCAGGACCAAGAAUACACUUACCAACAGUUUGUCUAUAACAACUCCAUCAUGUUGGAGCAUGGCCUUUCUAAGAUGGUGACCUCUUUCUCCAAACAAAGGGCUGGAAGGGUGGCUGGAGGUAGGAACGUUCCUGCUGCUGUACAGAAAGUAGCUAAAGCCUCCAUUGAUCAAAGCAGGCAGAUGAGAUACCAGUCCUUGAAUGCAUACCGGAAACACUUUCUGUUGAAACCUUUUAAGUCAUUCGAAGAACUCACAGGAGAGAAAGAAAUGGCUGCAGAACUUGAAGAACUUUAUGGAGAUAUCGACUCAAUGGAGCUUUAUCCAGCACUUCUUGUUGAAAAACCUCGUCCAGGGGCCAUCUUUGGUGAGACCAUGAUAGAAAUCGGGGCACCAUUUUCUUUGAAAGGCCUCAUGGGUAAUGUCAUCUGCUCACCUGAAUACUGGAAGCCAAGCACUUUUGGGGGCAAAGUCGGCUUUGACAUAGUUAACACAGCAUCCCUCCAAAAUCUUGUCUGCAACAAUGUGAAGGGCUGCCCUUUCACCGCCUUUCAUGUCAUCAAUUCAGAAACUGCAGCAACAACUAACUUCAGCACUUCCAGUGCUGGAAUAGAAGAUAUCAACCCUGCGGUAUUAUUGAAAGAGCAGUAUGCUGAGCUAUAGAGAACAUCUGGUUGUUUUAUUUAUUUAUUUAUAUAAUUAUCUAAAUUAUUCUAUUUAUAUUUAAGAUGCUAUGGAGAUAUACAUAUAAAUAUAUAUAAAUGUAUAUAUAUAUAUAUAAUGCCUUGAAGUCUAAGCCAGGAUGUCAGACUGAAAGGGAGUUUUGCUUUAGGAUUUGCAAGACAGGAUCCCUUGUGUCUUAAACAAUACUUUCUGUACCAGAAAGAUGUAUUCCAAAAUGGAUCAAGGCAUCAGAACUGCUACUUGAAAACUUGAUAAAAUGAUAUAUUUUUCUUAAACUUGACAAGAAACUUAGCAAUGUGGGUGCUAACUUGGCACUUCUCAACCCAAUCCCUGUUAAGAAAUCAAUACUCGUGAAAGUGGUCUGUCAGUGUUAUUUGGGGAAUUACCCCAUAUCAAAUUAAUUAAAAAGAAUAGGCAUGAUUCCAUCAAAAUAACACACUUAGAAGAACUAAACUACUAAACUAUCCCCUUGGACUCAAUCAGAAGUAUAAGUGCUUAAUGCUUAUUUGAUCAAGAUUUGUAUAUUCUGAUUGGUACAAAAUUGUGAAAUAUUUGACUCUCACAGGUGCUUUCUGCACAGCAGUAAUAGAACUUCCUGCAGAUUUUUUAAAAAGAUCCGUUUUGGAAUUUUAUGUUCCCACAGCACAGAGAUCAGAAGUGUUGCCAGACAAAACGGUUCUUUUUUUCCCACCUGCUGGUCAACAGAGCUCUGGUCAGUUUCAGAGUUGCAUUUGCCAUUUUGUGUGCUACUGCAGAUUCUCCUGCCUCCACUUUUUGGUGAAGGUUUUCCAUGGAGCUCACCUGCACACAAUUUUCAUAUAAAAAGUAGAUUAAUAAAGUUUGUUUGGCACGUGUCAUUUUUCCUGCUUUGUUUUGAGGG